UUAACAUCCUACAGAGAAAAUGGUAGGACUUCUACCAAACUUCUAGAAAAUCUACCGCUUUUAUUUUGAAGCCCUUACUUCCGGUGCCGUUCUUCGCUGCGCGUGCUCACUUGACUCCGCAGCCUGAAAGGAGGGACAACGCUGGACCGAGCUCAUUCCUCUCUCACGUUCUCGGAGAGCCUGUCCUCUGGUGCCGAGGACAGAAGUCGAUCUGAACUCGCGGAGUAUCUCAUAACCCGGAUCGAUCUUUCUCCCACAUGUGCUGACACGUCUCCAGAUAUCACACACAUCCCGGCGGAGGGACGCAGACCUGCUCGGGUUGACACAUAGUGAACAGAAGAGACUCGCAGAGGAGAAAGAUGUUGCUGAAGGAGUACAGGAUAUGUAUGCCUCUCACGGUGGAGGAGUACCGGAUUGGCCAGCUGUACAUGAUCAGUAAACACAGCCACGAGCAGAGCGACAGAGGGGAGGGGGUCGAGGUUGUCCAGAACGAGCCAUAUGAAGACCCAGCGCAUGGACAAGGACAGUUCACGGAGAAACGAGUCUACCUCAACAGUAAAUUACCCAGCUGGGCUCGAGCAGUGGUUCCUAAAAUCUUCUACGUGACAGAGAAAGCCUGGAACUACUACCCUUACACCAUAACAGAAUACACAUGCUCGUUCCUGCCGAAGUUCUCCAUCCACAUAGAGACAAAGUACGAGGACAACAAAGGAUGCAAUGACAACAUCUUUGACACAGAGCUGAAGGACCAGGAGAGGGAGGUGUGUUUCGUCGACAUCGCCUACGAUGAGAUCCCCGAGCGCUACUACAAAGAGUCUGAGGACCUGCGAUAUUUCAAGUCGGAGAAGACGUCGCGGGGGAUUCUUCAGGAGGGCUGGAGGGACACUCAGGAUCCCAUCAUGUGCUCGUACAAACUGGUCACAGUCAAAUUCGAGGUGUGGGGUCUGCAGACAAGGGUGGAGCAGUUCGUGCACAAGGUUGUUCGGGAUGUGUUGCUGCUCGGUCACAGACAGGCGUUUGCCUGGGUGGACGAGUGGAUCGAUAUGACUUUGGAUGACGUGCGGGAUUACGAGAAACAAAUGCAUGACAAAACCAACAUAAAAGUUUGCAGUGAGCAGCAAGAGCAUUCCACAACAAACUCAUCUUCAUUGGAUGACAUAGAGAUCCAUGACAAAGCAAGCACAUGACGAUGGAUGAGGUGAGAGAGUUUGAGCGCACCAUCCAGGAGGCCACCAACCAGAAGAUUGGGAUGUUCCCCCCAUCGAUCUCCAUCAACCAGACGCCCCUGUCCUCCUAUGCCCUCACCGGCCCCGCCAGCGCCCCAACCACGCCAAUGUGCACCGAGGCGCCCGAGUCCCUUUCCGUCCCCAAAGACCGACCCCGUAAAAAAUCCGCCCCGGAAACCCUCACCCUUCCCCGCCUUGCAUCGAGUGGCGUCUCCCAGGGUUCUGCGCUGAGCCCACUACCAGAUUCAAACAACAUCCAGUCGCCCACAACGCCGUCCUCCAGCUCUGAUCUCACUGAGAUGGAUGAGCCGUAGAGAGACCUCGGGAUGUCUUACCCCAACAGUUUCUUCACGUAUGUUCCCAAACCUGUUGUAGUCCACUGAGACUAACCUCCACACAGCAGCGCCCUGAUAUUAAAGUGUUCUCGCCGUAUCCGCUGAUUUGCCAUAAUGCUGGAUACAACAAUCAAUCUCUGUCAGUGUUAUUGAAAACAUCCAGGCAGCUGUGAGUUCUACCCUGACCAGGCUGACCUCAGCCAAACACGUCUCGCCUGUUUUCACAGAGAGCCGCCAUGAUUAUCUCUUAGAGGCAGUUUCUUAUGUUUCCGUAGAAAUGCUUAGUGUUUCCCUGAUCGUGUUUCUUCUUUUAUGUUCUUGUGUAAUCAGCUGAUACCUGACGAUCUGUCGAGCUAUGAAUCUGUUGCCUUACCACCACAGAGCCAGUGUUCCUUUUCUUCAGUGCUCAAUUAACGACUGACUCUUCAGCAACCAGCUGUGUAAUUAAAUCAGAUAUUAAACCCAUUAUAGCAGCUCAUUACAAAAGAGCUUAGCCCCUGUUUCCUGAGCUGUCCACACCAGGCUGCACCCUCAAAGUCCAGCUACACAACAGAUGCAAGAUCAGUACAAUCACAGAGAAUUUACUCCUCAGGUCUCCCCAACUCUUCCUGACUCGCACUCCAAAGGCAGGGAUGUAACUUUACCUUUGUGUCCCUGCUUAUUGCCAAACAGCUGCAUAUGAUACCUCUACACAUACUGCAACAUAGCACCUAUUGUAUGUACUAUACCAGUCUACUUAACCCUUGGAAUGUUUACACAUCUGAAACCUUGGAGCAUUUGUGUAUUAUAGCAUGACGAUUUAAUGAUCUAAAACCCAAUUUGAUGAAGUUUAUUACUCGUAUAUCUUCUUCAACCUGACGUAAGAAAAUGUUAAAUGUUGCCUGAAAUUAAUGCUGGACAUCUCAUGUGACGUGAAGGUGAUGCAUUUUACCAAAUCACUUUAAUGUCACGUGCGGGAACAAGGCCAUGUUGUAGUUUUUGAAGCACUGACCCAGGAGGUCGUAUGAAAUCAGAGCUUGAUCCGAAGAAGGGCACGUGCAUCAAGCUGACUUGAGUAUGUGCCUAGCUGCAUAAUAUUUGCAAAAGUACUCACACCUUUGUUUUGCCAGCACUGCUUGGUGAUAUUGAGCCGGCGCUUUGGUUGGCAGGGAUUUUGAGAUGAGAUAACCCCCCCCGCUGUUAUCGAUUAUCUUAAGUGCUGCUGGUUAUUACAUCUGAUCCCUUAAAGGAGAAACGAAAACAUGACGACAGCAGGUUCAAUUCAAUGUUGUGAUUCAAGGAGGGUUCUAUAUGCUGCAUGUAAUGUUCACAGCAUAUAUACAUAUGAUGUAAAGUGUAUAUGUAUAUACUGUAAAUGAAUGGAUUGGUAAAGUUUAUUCUGUGAUGCAACCGUAUGAUCAAGUGAAUGCCGACUUAGGAAGCUCUGUACUAACUCUGAGUGGUAGAUACAUCCGACUUUGAGUGACAGGUUAGCAUGUCCAGAGAAUAUAGGCCUACAAACUCUUGCAACUCAGUGCCUCUGCAUGAAACUAUUGUAUCAUUGCCUACCAGUGCGUAAACCAAAAUCACUUGUCAUGUUAUCAUUAACAGCACAAACUCAAACAUUUCUUUGCCUGUUUUCUACCCAACAGUAAAUUUAACAAUGGGCCUAAACCCUUUAAAGCAGAAGUCCAACGUAAUCAUAGAAGGUCAAUCGUAUCGAAGUGCAGGGGCGUGUCAAGACGUCCUUUACUGGGGUGGCCCGAUCGUAUCCUGAGUGCUGGUUUGAAGCCAAUCGUUUGCGGGAGCUAUAUUGGAAAUGCUGAACUCAAUCAAACUUAGUGUGACGUAAAGAGGCGGGGUUUGAGCCUCCUAGCCAACAGCUAUGUGUACCCCCCUGUCAGUCAAGUCAGUCAUGUCCUCAUUCAAGGAAAAACUGGUAAUCUUAAUAUCUUCAAAACCGCCGCUUUAGAAAUAAAUUCACACCCGUACAGUGUGUGCUGAUAGAGAGAUUAGCAACACAGACCCAAGCGUUUUUUUUUAACCAGGCUGUAAACAUGUUUAUUUCUUCUGUAAAGAUUGUCUUCUUUGAAUGGGUGUGUAUGUGGUUUCUGGUGUUUCUGCAGCCAGCCUCAAGCUGAUUCUCGAUGGAUUGCAGUUUAUAACUCUUCCGCAUGGGCUUCAUUUUGAGACCGGAGGUUGCUGCUUGGGCCUGACAGGGGAACUGGCUUAUGUAGGGCUGACACAAAGUACUCCCUGUCUCUCUUUAGGGACUCAAAAAGAAGAAGCACGUCAACGUUAGCUCUCAAACUUUGCAGAUAAAAGUAUUUCUGACAGUCUGAUACAUGCAGGAGUUUGCUUGCAAUCUUCGAUGAUCUGAUUCCUCUGCGAUGCAACUGUCUCAUGAAUAACCCUAGUUGCUACACAGUCCAGAUAGUUAAUCGUCACAUAAGCCCGACCUCCGACAAAGCCAGUAGCCUAUCAUAAUUUAGAAAUUUUGCACCAAUUAGAGUUCCAAAGGGGGCCGUGCCACCCCGGAUACCCAUCUGGACACACCCCUGCUGCACACCACGCCAUCACAUGCUUGCAUCAAAGUGCUAACUCCUAGUUGAAGUAUAUUUCCCCGCUCAUAUCAAUAACUUUUACAUUUCUUUUGCACCUUCCAGUCUUCGACAGCUUCUUUGACGAUGAAGAAACGUGUUACAUUACAGUCUUUCAGGUUCGUUGGACCAAAGUCCUUCAGUACAGUGGAGUGCUUUUAAAUGGAUCAGGUCAAAGAGAGAGUCCUCAGUGGUCUUGCCAUUAAAGCUGUUAAUAUUAUGUACAGUUUCUCACUUGCUUUUGUUAAAAAAACAAAACAACUGUAGCUAUUUCUCUGUAACUGUAGCUUCUGUCUUUGCCUUUUGAGGAUGUUACUUACCGUUUAUGGGCCCUCUGUAUCGGUCUGUUAUGUAAAGAUUCUACAUACUAACAACUCUGGUAUCGUCCAUCUCUCUUUGUCAGGAACACAGAGAUCCAGGGAUUUGUUUGAUCUACCACAGGCCGUUAAAAAUAAUGCAAAAUAUUCAUUUGUGUAUCAUUACACUCUGCUCUGUUUAAAAGAGUAACCUAUUAGGUAUUGUAAAUACUGUUGUUAAUGAAUAAUAUAGUAAGUUUCUUACAUUGAACUUGUUCCAGGUUGCAUAUCUGAUGUGACGCGAAUGUGCUCAAAGAAUUCAAAUGGACAAUGAAGGAUAUUCUCAAAGUGUCGGGAUGACUUCUUCACAGACACAGAGUAAAGGUCUGUCUCCUAGAAGUAAUGUGUCGUAUCUAUGAAGUCAUUUCUCAAGGGUUCAGUCCCUUUAAUAUGAAGACUCCUCAUCGUAGUGGUAGAUUUUUGACUCUUGCUUUCGUUGACCCCGCAGGGCGAAACUCUUUGUACAAGUUGUAAAACAAAAAGAAGCUUUUAUUUUGGUGGGGUGGCUGCUUUGACGUCAGGUGAUGUUAAUUGAAAGGUGAUUGGUUUCUUUUUUUUUUGUAGUAAAUCUGCUGUACUUUGAUUUUGUGGUUGCUGUAUUGUUUGAAGGGAGAUUUCAAUCAGUUUAUCUUUGUUUCUUUUGAGAAAAGGACCAAGCAUUUCACUCAUCCUGCUGCAGUUUGCAUUUUGACCUCCCUGUUGUGUUGUUCUCCUGGGACCCGUCUCACAAUCCAGGAUCAUGAGGAGUCCCCUGUUCUUCACUCUGCUGGAGAUCAAGUGUGCUUCUGAUCCUGUUUUGUGAAACAGACCCAAAGGUGCCGUUCUCGUUUGGCUGCUGGAAGUCGCUUUUUCUCUUCAACUUUGAUUAUUAUUAUUGUAUUUGGUACAUUUUUACCGCCCUUUGAAGAUCCUUUGAUUCUCUGUUGUAUCUUUACUUUUUUCUGAAACAGACAAAUAAAUUUACAAGCUAUUGCAAAA